AUGUCUCGGACUGGAACUCAGAGUACUCCAGCUUUCACUAAACUUCGACUCCGGACGGCCAAAGGUCUAACGGAACGAGAUGUGUCUACGGCGCCACCACGAGAGUGUUCUAUGGAGGAGGUCCCCGUCAUCGACCUUUCAGCCAUGUUUGGCGACCUGAACGCGAGGAAGGGUUUGGCCGAGACGGUUUGUCAUGCCGCCGAGAACACGGGCUUCUUCUACAUCAAAAACCAUGGGAUCAACGAGAGAGUCGCAGAGGCUGCGCAGGCGCAGGCUCGGGAUUUCUUUCAUCAGAAGGACGAGGAGAAAGCGAAGGUGGCCAGGACGAAGUCCCGAUAUUUCAAUGGUUGGCACAGACGCAAGGGUACCAGUUUGGGUUCGUCGGCGUCCUUGGAUGAUAUGGAACAGUUCAGUUGCUGCUACAACCCUGACUACGACCCGGAAGUGAUUGACCUGGCCGCGAUACCUGACGAUACGAGAGCUCAACUUCCGGCCGAAAGUUUCAUCUGGGAGGGCACGGAACACCUUCCUCACUUUCAGAGAGAUUGUAUACGAUACUGGCAAGAGAGCCUUCAGCUGGCACGGCGGCUGCUGAGAAUUUUUGCGCUGAGUCUCAAUCUGCCAGAAACGUAUUUCGACAAUGUCACUACAUGCCCUGGAAGUGAUUUGGCCUUCAACUACUACCCCGGAAGAGCGAGGAUGGAUGACUCGACCAGUCCCAUCCAAGACGUCGGUCUCGGCAGCCACACCGAUCUCCAAUGCUUCACUAUUCUUUGGCAAGAUAUGGUCGGUGGCCUGCAGGUGCUGAUGAGCGAUGGCCAUUGGGUGAAAGCGCCACCAAUUCCCGGCACGUUUGUCGUUAACAUUGGUGACUACCUUAUGCGCCUGACGAACGAUCGCUUCAAGUCUACCGUGCACAGAGUCUAUAUGCGGACGUCCAUCGACCGGUAUUCCAUGCCCUUCUUCUUUGGCUUCAAUCCGAGUGAAACAUGUGCGGUCCUUCCAAGCUGCACGAGCAAGAAGAACCCGCCCAAAUACGAACCGAUAUCGUGCGGAGAGGUCAGUUUCCCCAGUCCCCCUUACGGAAGGAGCUCGAUGUUUAUCUUCACUUGUGGCUGCUGCGGAGCUGACAUGCCUUUCUAG